AUGUCCGCGGCGUCGCGACGCGCGGCGCGGUCGGUGGUGUCGCGCGUGCGCGCGCUCGCGCGCGACGUCGCGGACGCGCGCGUCGGUGACGGCGGCGGUGGGUGGGCGAGCGACGGGGCGACGUGGAUGUGUCACCGCGCGCGGUGGCGCCACGGCGCGCGCGCGCGGCGAUCGAGGACGUGGAUGGAGGUCGGACGGGCGUCGUUCGCGUCGGCGUCGGCGACGGCGACGGAUGGGACCACGGGUGGGACCUCGGGAGGGGGACGCGGGGACGCGGAGACGCGACGCGGCGCGGCGGGGGAGACGGAGGGGAAGACGACGGCGCCGAUGCGGGCGGAUGAUAUCGAUUUUAGGAUUUUGCGACAGCUGGGAGGGUAUCUGGUGAACGCGGAGGAGGGCGGGGCGAAAGGACGGGUGGCGGUGGCGGUGGCGUUGCUCGUGGCGAGUAAGGCGGCGAAUGUGAGCGUGCCGUUCGCGUUCAAGUACGCGAUCGAUGGAUUGAGCGUGCAGAUGGGGAUGGCGACGACGGGAGCGGCGGCGAUGGCGAACUUGCCAGCGGCAGCGCUCGUGGCGACGCCGGCGGCGAUGUUGGUGGGGUACGGGGCGCUUCGCGCCUCGGCGAGCCUGGCGAAUGAGUUGCGAAACGUUACGUUUUCAAAGGUGAGUCAGGGCGCGAUACGUACGGUGGCUAGGAGAGUUUUCGCGCACUUACACGCGUUAGAUCUCAAGUACCACCUCGAUCGUCAAACGGGGGCGCUCAAUCGCACGAUCGAUCGCGGGACGCGAGGGAUAAGCUUUUUGUUGAAUAGCAUGGUGUUCAACGUGUUUCCGACGGCUUUUGAAAUCGCCCUUGUGAGCGGAAUUUUGGCCGCGAAGUGCGGCUCUGAGUUCGCCAUGCUCACUGGAGGGACGAUCGGUGCGUACACCGCGUUCACGAUCGCGUGCACGACAUGGAGGACGAAGUUUAGGAGGCAAAUGAACCAGUUGGAAAACGAAGGCAACAACAAGGCGAUAGACUCGUUGUUAAACUUUGAGACGGUGAAGUAUUUCAACAACGAGGAACACGAGGUGAAGCGCUACGAUGAGAGCUUGAGAGGGGUAGAGCAGGCGAAUUUGAAGAUCGCGAGCUCACUCGGGAUGCUCAACUUUGGACAAAAUGCAAUCUUCUCGGCGUCUCUGUCGGCGGCGAUGCUCCUCGCCGCGCAGGGCGUCGCGCAGGGCAACUUGACAGUGGGUGACUUGGUCAUGGUCCAGGGCUUGUUGUUUCAGCUCUCGGUUCCGCUGAACUUCUUAGGAUCCGUCUAUCGCGAGGCGCGUCAGUCACUGAUCGACAUGACGUCCAUGUUUCACCUGUUGGAUGAGAAGAGCGCGAUUCGGGAGCUCGACGAUGCUCCGCCGCUCGUCGUGCCGCCAGAAGGUCUGUCGGUGGAAUUUAGAAACGUGAGCUUUGGCUACGAUGAUGGGCGCAAAAUCAUAGAUGGUCUCUCGGUGAGCGUCCCCGCGGGAGGCUCCCUCGCGCUCGUGGGAGCGAGCGGAAGCGGCAAGAGCACACUGUUGCGUCUGCUAUUCAGGCUGUAUGACGCGGAGAAGAACGGAGAAUCCUCCGGAAUUUUCCUCGGUGGUCAGGACGCGCAGAAGGUGUCGCUAAAAUCGCUACGCGAGUCCGUUGCGGUGGUACCUCAGGACACUGUCCUAUUCAACGAUACCAUUCAUUACAACAUUCACUACGGUAGGAUGAGCGCGGACGGCGGUGAGGUCCGCGAGGCGGCUCGACUCGCCGCCAUCGAUGGCCCAAUCAAUCGCAUGCCCAAGGGGUUCGAUACCAUCGUCGGUGAGCGCGGUUUGAAGCUCUCGGGUGGGGAGAAGCAGCGCGUCGCGAUCGCCCGCGCCUUGCUGAAGGGUUCGCCGGUAGUUUUGAUGGACGAGGCCACGUCCGCGCUCGACACCAACACCGAGCAGGACAUCCUCAAGAUGCUCGAGGUUCUGAUGAAGGGUAAGACCACCAUCGUCGUCGCGCACAGACUUUCCACGGCGAGGAACUGCGACAACAUCGCCGUCCUCGACGCCGGUCGUGUCGUCGAGUACGGCUCGCACGACGACCUCCUCCGCCGCGGCGGCACCUACCACGCCAUGUGGACCCGACAAAACGGAUCCUCCGACGCCGCCGCUAACGCCGUCAAACCCACCCAUGACCCCGCGACCUCACUCGACGUCCUCCUCGCUCGCGAGCGCCAGCGUCAGGACGAACAGGCCGCCAAGAAAGCCGCCGCCGAGGCUGCCCUCGGACGCAAGAGAUGUUGUUAA